AUGGAGGGAGUGGACACGGGUCUUGCCAUAUCGUCCAGCGUCGUGUUGACGAUUUGCAUCCUGGGGCUGGUGGGGAAUACGUACUUACGUCGGCGCAUUUGUGUCAAGAAGCAUAUUCGACGGAAGCAUUUGUGCCAGAAGCAUUUCUGUCAGGGAGCAUUCGUCUCCGCGCAUACUUGCCGGAAGCAUAAGUGUCUGGAGCAUUGCUGUCGGGGAGCCCUCAGUUUCUGCGACUUUUUUCUCCUCGUGCUCAGCGUCAUCCGCACCUUCUCCAAUCUCCCACUCUACAAAAUUGACUAUGACAAUCCAUGGAUUUCGUAUCCCAUCUUCAUUUGGGAUUUUAUCUGCACGGGGGGCACCAAGUAUUACACGGUGGCCAUCUCUCUCGAGCGAUGUUUCGCCAUUUGCUUUCCCAUCGCGGCGCAUCGCUACAUGACGGAGCGUCGGGCCAGGUGGCUUGCCGUCGGAGUUUUCCUCUUCACCCUGCUCGUCACCUUGGUCAGCUACUUGUACCGGUUUCACUGGGAUGCCACCUCUUUUCACGUCUUUGUCGCAGUGGUGCUUCACUUUGCUCCAUUUCUCGCCGUCCUCAUUCUAAACUUCUGUAUCUACGCUGGGGUUCUUUGAAAAUGUACCAGAAGAAGAGGAAAGCACUGACUGAGACGGAGUCCUCGGAAGUGUCCGUGACGAGGAUGCUGCUCGUGAUCGUGGUUGUUUUUGGACUCUGCUACUCUUUCGAAUUUGUGAGACGCAUUCUCAACUUUACGGGUUAUUUUUCUGACCCGAACCUGACGUACUACGACUACACGUUGAAUCAUUUAGCCGAUAUUUUCUACGUCCUCAACUCCUCAGUGAACUUCAUCAUUUACUAUUUGAUGGGAAAUGCUUUCCGGGGGCAAUUUCUCAAGCUUAUGAAAAACACUUGUGGAUUCGCUCGUCUGCGAGGGGGAACUUCCUGCUCAAAGUUUUCUGAAGCCAGCAAGUCUGCCCUUUUGAAAAUAUCGUCGUCUCAUCAAAAAAACGAAUCUCAAACUGCUACUUGCAUCGACUGAUAUUUUAUACCCAAAAUGUCCCUGUAUUAUUCAUAAUUACUUACUUCAACU